AUGGCUACCGUGAAAAAGUCUGCAACCGUUCGGGCCCACCCUCCAGCAAUCAAGAUGGUGGUUGCCGCUAUCGUGGCACUGAAGGAGAAAAACGGUUCGUCCAGUCAAGCCAUCAGAAAGUACAUCAAGGACACAUUCCAAGUCGACAUGGACAGGCAGGCCGUUUUCAUCCGAAAAGCCCUCAAUACCGGUGUGCAGAAGGGAGUUCUUAUCCAGACCAAGGGCAAGGGAGCUUCCGGUUCAUUCAAAUUGGACCCAGCAAAGGACAAGGCCAAGGAACAGGCGGAGAAGGUCAAAGAACGAGCCAAGGCCAAGAAAGAGAAGGAUCAAGCAAAGAAAGCAGAGAUGAAAGCCAAGAAAGUAGAGAAAGCCGCAGCCAAGAAGGAGAAGGCCAAGAAAACCAAGAUAACCAAGAAGAAAACUCCAAAGAAAAUCGUCAAGAAGACACCCACCAAGAAAGUUGCAGCCAAGAAAACAGCAGCCAAGCCAUCAAAGAAAGUCGCCAAGCCCAGCAAAGCCGCAAAGAGUCCAAAGGCAAAGAAGGCCACCAAAGCAGCAAAGCCGAAGAAGACCACCAAGCCAAAGAAGUAG